AUGAACAAUUAUAGAAAUGAAUUAUCUGUGAAGACUUUGUCUUUGCGUGGUCAGUCACAGAAUGAAUUUAUGGAACAAUUGAACAACAAUCAUAUGGUAAAAUCGAUCAAUUGUUUGUAUGAUUUCGUGUAGUGCAUGCAUGCCUAAUUAAGUUUCUCAAUUAAAACAUUGACCAUUGUCUGGCGUUGGUAUUUUUGUUAAUAAUUGAGAAUUUAAGUAUAAUGAUUAAUUUUUUCAUGAAGUUUAAUGAAGGUUAUCUUGAGAAUAUUGAAAAAUAGGGUAUUAUAGCCUAAAUAAAUUUUGUACAUGUACUCUCGAAGUUUUUCAACAAAGAGGUUGACAGAAUCAAAGAAAAGUGCGGAAACAGCAUAAAAUAUAGAAGAUUAUGCUAAUGAUUAACAACAUACAAUCAAUAUAAGAAUUGUACGUAGACCAGUUCUCGAAUGUUGCUACAAAGAUCUUAGCAUUCUAAGACACAAGCAUUGAAAGAGUAAUUGAGCUAUUAAAUAGAGCAGCAUUAUUAUCUAUGAUGUGUGGAAAGCUUCGUUCUCACUCUGUGAGUAUGUAAUAUCACAUAAAGAAUAUCAUUAUUACAUAAUAUGAUUUUAAUUAGAUGUGUUAUAUAUCAUGGUGUUUUAUUUUAAUUUUUAGGCAGCAAUUGACAGUGAAAGCACGUUGCCACAGGAGUACAAAAUGCCAAAAACCGGUAAGCCAAAUAUAAAAAUUGUAUUUCUUUCUUAUAGACUUCAAGCAUUAUGAUAUAUCUUUCACGAUCUUUGACUGUAUGGUGGUAUCCUAGUAAUUAUAUUAUUACUGGGCAACCGUUUGCUAGGCAGUGAAGAACCAAAUAAAUAACAAUGAAACAUUAUUGUAUACAGCAAAUAGGAUUAUAAUUUUAUAAGCUAUAAAGUAGAAGUGUUUUUUUAAGAUAAUAUGAUUGAAUUUACACAACCAUGAGUUGAAACCAUGCACGAGUUCAUGCAUAACAUAACGCCAUAAGUCAUUUUAUGAUAUUCUUUUUCUGUCCCAAACUAUUUCCCCAUUUUCAAAUGUGAACGAGUGGCAAAUUGAAAAUAAUUUUAUAUAUGGUGGGAUGUAUAUUAUAUGCAGCAGAUAACAUUUGUGUACAUGUUGGUUUGUUGAUUUGAGCUUGAAUCAAUAUUUAUAUUUCACAUUCCUGCCAAGCCGUUGACAGCAUAGCCAUAGGGCGAUAAAGUGUAUUUUCGUAAACCGUGAAUUAUCAAUAUUUGUUCUGUCGUGAAAUGUCAAACGGCGGAUUUUUGUAUCGUGAAACGUAAUUUACAUGCCUAUAGCCGUGAUUGCCGGUAAUUUUUGUCCAGGAAAGGAGAAUUUAUUUGAGGCCGGUAGAACAAAGACUGGACGAGUAGCGAGUUGUGCGAACGUGAAGAAGAGCAAUGCAAUUAAGGUUGUCCACGAGCAAAGCGGAAAAGUCGAAUACGAGCGUGAAAGGCUGCUGGGAAUCGCUAACAAAUUAAUGAAUUUUCAAAGCGGUUCCCAGCAGCCUUUCGCGCUCGUAUUUGACUUUUCCGCUUUGCUCGGGGACAACCUUAAUUGAAAUAGCUGUAUAUCGGUUGGUUUUACAAGUCUUUCAAUGUUGAACCUUCAGUGGUGAAAUUAGUGGUCGUAAAUGUAAAAAUAGGCUAACAAAUUAGUAACAGGCUACGAAAAUUGUAGGAGUUUGCUUUUUACAUUGUUUUCAACUUUGCCACGUCAACGCUUACUAUUCGGAUCAUUAACGCAUACCAUAUGAGACAACCACCAGGUUCAAGGCUUCAUGCACCAGAAACCGUCGAUUCAUCAUGUAGAUAAGAAUUUGCUCAUGUACGGACAAAUUUAAUAGAGUCGUGAAGACUGAUGACUGUGAAAAUCAAUUGCUGUGUCAUUAUGGAGAGCUGCAAUUAAAAUUAACUGCCCUAAUCGCAAGUACAUGCUUUUAAAUGUUAAUGAUGCUAAACAACAGCAGAUAUAGGAACGAAAAGCGCAAACAUUUCGGAGGAAUGUAAGAAAAAUAUUAAGAGGCGAAAACGUUUCUCAAGAUUCACCAUUCCGUGAUGUACCAAAUCUAUUACCCCAUUCAAUGCCACGUUUCCUACAUUUUCUUUUUGUCUUUGAAAUAGGUCCUUACACGAACACUCAAUAUCUCUCCCACAGCAAACUACAGUCGCCAUUGACAACCAAGUGGUAAGUGUAACAAAGAGAGUUGCUAACGAGCUUCUAAGUACUCUCCGGUCGGAACAAAGGCUUACGAUGAUAACAAUGAGGCUUCGCUUUGAUAAAAUAUUAAGAAUAACAAGUAAAACAUGAUUGGAACGCAAAAGGUUAAGCGCAAUAUAGGUUCGGGGAGGGGGGUUAGCUUUAAUUUCGAGUAUAAAAACUGAAAGUUACUUUGCGCAAAGUGAUCUUUACACAAAAACAAAUUCUAUUAAAUUGUAUAUUUUAAUCUAUAUAUAUGUACGAUUUAUGUUCAGUAUUUGAUUUAAUAAAAUAUAUUAUAAGAUACUUUUAUUAGAUUACUGAAGAUCGCAAAAUACUUUUAUUGACAUAUAUAGCUGAAUUGCGUUUGUAAUGAGCGCAUAACCAAACACAUAAUUAACUUAAUAAUGUAUGUUUUGCUGAAUAAGUUGUGUAUAAUGUUAUUAGUUCGUUCGGAAUAAUUUUUGUUUUAUGUUUGCUGACACUAUCAAGCUGGUAAGGAAAUCUCGUGCUCAAUAGAGAUCAGUGGCCAAUAGAGAUGAGUGGAAGGGUAAAGGAUUACGAAAGUUUUGUUGUAAUUAAUACCUGCAUGAUCUAAAUAAGUAUUGUUCAAUACGUAUAAUAUACAGUUAUUUAACAAGGGGGAGGCAACUUCAGCGAAUGCCAUUUGUUUUCCAUUAAGUGUGGUCAAGUAUGUAAAAAAAAGAAACAUAUUUUUUAUGGAUUUUUGUGGACAAGUGUUUUCAACCUCCCGCACUCCUUGCACGCACGCGAAUCCAUGGCUCGGAUUGAAAAAUAGAAAAAAAUAGGUACGCUAACGUACAUGCAUGUAUAUGCGAAGAGAUUUUAAUGGUUGCUGUAAAACUGAACUAAUAUUAUUCUGAAACAUGUUUGCAUGAAUGCACCAUAUUACACAAUUUAUUUAAACGGUAUAUUUCGAAUCAAUGUCGAUUCAUCUUCAGCACUAUAUAUUUACAAGGUAGAUAAAAUAGAUUGUGUAUAGUAAAUAUUCAUGCACACGUCUUUUCAAAAUAACAUUAGUUCAGUAUUUUUGCCGAAACUAUCAGCUGGUAAAGGAUUCUGUAAAAUCCCUAUUCGUCAUUUUGCUAAAACUGCAUUCUCAUUUUGCAUUGUCCCAUACCCCCCGUGCUAUCUAAUGCAGAUGGCACGGGCAAUCGUCGCAUGUUAGAUGUUAAAGUCAAAUGAAAUACAUAUAUAAAACAAUUUAAAAAUUACGAUAGUAAGAUAAGAGAAUGCAGAAUGCACCAAUAUUAUUAUUAAGCUGACUAAUACAACCUAAAUGUGGGACUUUGAAGAUUACUACAUUACUAUAUUUUGUUAUUUGUAUACAUAUGCAUGUUUAUUGCAAGAGUGUUACACAAAGAUCCGGUGUCCUUAUCCAGCACAGCCUUCGCGCGCGUCAAUGGUCACAACAGGUUUGGAAAGAAAUGCCGAGACGGGCUUCCCCAUGCCAACCAAAUAUUGAACGUAAGCUAGCUAGGUGAUUUGACUACUUGAAAAUGGAAAUGUCAAACUAUAACCAAGCACUACUUGGUCAUAGAUUAGGUUCAGAAUCUGACCUCGCAUGUGGUUGGCUAUUUGUAAAAAUAUGUCAGACUGGUUUGGGAAAUAAAGAUGUACAUUAUACCUAAUUAUAGCAUGCAUAUAUAUGUGCAUUGCUAUAUUUGGCUUCCGUUGAUUAACUAACUAACAAACAAACAAACAAACAAACAAACAAACAAACAAACAAACAAACAAACAAACAAACAAACAAACAAACAAACAAACAAACAAACAAACAAAACAAACUAAGAUUCGUGGUGAAAUUCGUUUCUAUAUUGAUCUCAAUGUCACAAAUACGCGCUUAGUUAUACUAACAAGAUGGCUCAGUUGUCAAUUUUCUUUAAAUAGAGUCCCAAUGCCGUUACCAUAUACAUGAAAUUCAAUGAAUUGUUAGAUUUGUUACUAAAAUGUAGCACUACAAGCGUUUAAAUCUGAUUUUGAAUAUACGCGAUGUUUCAGCCGGAUUUUAGCUAUUUCGAUAACACACGCAUAUACGCACACAUUGUAUUACACAUGCAGUACACGAAAAUUAUCCGUGCAUGUGCAACGAAAUUGCUAAAGGUCCUAAAAGAGAUGAAGAAAUUUUGAAAAUAUAACGGCGUACGCAGCUUGAUGAUGUCUACAAGUUGAAUUAACUUACAUUUAAGAGUAAUGGUAUUACUUCAACAGACAAUCAUUGACAAUAUGGAUUGGGACAAUCUAGUUUUCACAUGCAUUCGAUUGUAAUAUACCAUUUGUUGAUACAUUAUUCAAUGUUGUCGGCCCAGCAUUAGAGAGUUUAAGUUCGACUUCCGAUACCAAUACCGAUACUAACAACAUGUCAUGCGCAUGCUCUCUGCUCGCAAGAAGCACGAGUGUAUUGGAAGUCACCACUACCGAAGUCGGCCUUGUAUUGGAAGUCGGGGGAAUUGUAAGAUAAACUCAUAUAAAUCGGAUAUUUCAUAAUUUUACGAUAAACAUGUAAACUAUUUGUUUAUUAGCAUCGCCUGAGUCAUGUUUUAGUUGGAAUUUUAGCUCAGCUGCCGUUUAGUAUACCGCACAUUUUCGGUACCGAUUAAUGUGUUCUAUACUUUAUCUGUCGUGAUAACUUAACGCUUUAAAAUUCCCGGUACCAAAAUGAGAAUGGAAGUGAAAACAUUGGUAUCGGUAUUGGAAGUCGAACUUAAACUCUCUAUUGAACAGGGGGAACGGGAGCGCUAUUCCUUUCAAAUUAUAUGAAAUUACAGCAGCUGUCCCAUAGUUUCUGGCAAAGAUUGUAGCUGGUAUAACCUACAGAUUCUAUUGAGUGGAAUGCUGACCACACAUCAUAACCGCGUGUUGUCUUAGACCAACGUUGGAACACAGCGAUCAAUAUAUCGUGAAUAAUACUAGUAACCUAUACUCAAAUCAAAUAAACUUUAUUUCAUCAGGGUAUAUAGUCACGUCAGUUCAGAAGAACUGGUAUCAAUGUGAGCCCUGAGCAGUAUGUCCACUCAUCAUUUCUGAAGUGUAUGAGAACCAAUAUUGUUAAUUGUGCUCAUUAGUUACUGUUUUUUAUUUUCUUAGCAAUCUCAUUACGUUGUUCAACAACACUAAGUCUAUAAAUAAAGACAGACCAUUGUUAUUACGCAUUUUCAGGCUUUGGCAUCCGAGGAACCCUUCCAUCUGCAUAAAGCUCAUUCCAUUGUCGUUUCGAUCAUGCUUGUAUAGAGGGCUCGUGGCAGUUGACAAAUGAUAGUCAUAUAGUGAGGGUCUUCUCUAACACUUUUCUUAUAUUGCACUAUACUUUACAAGGAUCCUCACGCCAACUCACUUCCAUCAGUAGUGGAGAGUGGGUGUCGAUACUGGUCAAUCUUUUAAGCGAUCAAUAUUGGUAAAAUAACCAUCGUUACAUUUUCUAUUUCUAUACAUAUUGGUCUGCACAUUAUAAAAAUGUAGUAUUUUCGUGUCUAAUCUGACCAAACUCUAGAUUCAUGCAUGCAUUCAUUAUACAUGCGAGGAUGACUAUCAUGAGGUCGUAAUAAGAGGUUUUGUCAUAAAAGGCCGAAGGAAGCCCAAGGAGGAUACUUAGUCUUAAAAUUGACACACAUACCUGACCAAAAAUACAAACGAAAAAUUUUUUUGCGUAUAGAUAGUUUUAGAUAAUAUUGGCAACACCAUGCAUAUGCGCUGUAUGUUUGAAGCUGUACUUUAUAGCUGCAGUAACAGGAAUACGAGUAAAAUGCUCGUCGUGCAACAACUAUUGGUUUGUACAGAAACUUUUCUCACGCCAACACUUGGUAGUGAGUUCCUCAUUUUUAAGUACUUUCUGUUGAUCUUACAACGUCCUACAGGAAUUAAGGUGACUAGGUGAGAGCUACAAUGAGAGCUAUUUUAGAAUUAUGUGUUUUAUGACACGUCAUAUACAGCUAUUUCAAUUAAGAUUGUCCCCGAGCAAAGCAGAAAAGUCGAAUACGAGCGCGAAAGGCUUGCUGGGAAUCGCUAAAAAUUCAUUAAUUCUUAGCCAUUCUCAUGCAGCAAGCCUUUCGCGCUCGUAUUUGACUUUUCCGUACUGACGCGAAAAAGUCGUAGUCGUCGCCCAUUUGAGUACGAAAUUGUGGAGAAAUCUCGUAGUCCUCACCACGACUUUUCAAAAAAACAAAGAAAGUUGGCUUUUUUUUUGUUUUUCGGAAAUAAUUUGUUGCGUUUAUCCGACACAAAUAAUCUAUUAGUGUUAAAUAUCUGGCUUGUUUUUAAUGUUAUGACUUAUUUGCACAUUUUGUAGGGGAUUUUGGCCUGCAGGAGAUUUAGUUUAUAUGAACUUUUUCUUUCGUUGUUUGUCUACUACUAUAAAAACAACAUUUGAACGGAAACGAGAACGACUACGGUGAUUUCCUCGCCCGCGAUCAAAUCUCGUAGUCGUUGCUAAAGCUCGCUAGUUAAUAACCCCUGCAUGUGACAACUUCUACGGAUAUAGCUGCUGGGACAGUGGUUUACAAUUACAAUGACAUGCAAUCUCUACUGACUCUAGCUAUAUAUUCAACAAAAAACGUAUGACACCUGGCUACUUAGAGUUCUCAAAUCUAUAUUUACCUUCACUAUAUAACCUAUUAAUAUUUACUACAACCUAUUUAAUAUGUAUGUAAUUGUAAAGGACCGCUCAUUAUUUAUUGUACAGGGGGGGAUUGAGGAGAAACUGGAGGGGGGGCUUUAAAUUUUUUAAAACCUGAAAGGGGGGCUUUGAAAAAAUACAGAGAGACGAAAGAAGGAGGUGGGCUUUGAAAAGAUUUACUAGUUUGAAAAAACAUUGGUAGUUUUAAAAAUGCAUCACCAAACAACUUAACAAUAAAUAACAAUGCCUUUAAUAUUAAUAAUCAUAAAUGAAAGCCAAAUAAAUAGUCUCUUAUGUUCAUGCCGGUAAACAGACAAUUCCCAUUAUAGACUAAUUUUGAAACUAGGCAUAGAGAUGCAAAUAAAUCAUCACAGCUAGAGCCUAGAAAGAGCAUACUAAAAUGAGUAAAAUUGGGUUGCGGAAUGUUGUAAAAUACGCAAAUUUUGUAUACUUUUGUAUUGCAUGCAGAAAUUGCUACCAGCCGCACGCAAUACAAAAGUAUACAAAAUUUGCGAACUUUGCAAGGCUAUAUUUUCCACAUUUUACAACAUUUCGCAACCAAACUUUGCAAUUUUACUCAUUUUAGUGUGCUCUUCCCGGGAAAAUACUUUUUUUGCUAAGAUAUAAAAAAUUAGUCUAUAAUGGGAAUUGUCUAUUGGUUCCCAUAUUGUCUAUUGGAACCCUAACCUUACAAGAACGCAGGCUGAUCAUGAAGGCCAGACUUAUGUAUAAAAUUACUCAUUCGCAAGCACCAGUUGCUUUGACCGAAAUCUUUGAAAAUUCACAACAAAUCUAUAACUUACGUAAUAACGAAUUCAAAUUGUAUUUACAGAAACCUAAUACUGAAUACUUAAAGAAAAGUAUUGGGUUUUGCGGUGCGAAACUUUGGAAUGAAUUAUCUGGCAAUCUGAGAAUUGCAGAUUGUUUGAAUUCAUUUAAUACCUUGAUUGCUGACACUAGCCUGCUUUAGAUCGAUUGUACUCUUUGUUAUAUAUAUAUUUAUAUUAUUAGUGUGUGUUAUGUUACUUUAUUCAUGUACCUUUUAAAUUUGCGCGCCCUCCUUGGAAAUCAGCAUUUGCUGAAGGAGUAAGCGUGUCUAAAUAAAGAAAUACUGAUAACGAAAUUGUUUUGAUUUUCUGAUAUUAAGUUAUGCAUGAUAAGACAUAUCUCUGAUCGAGAUACAUGCGGGAAAAAAUGUCCGGGUGAAGAGUAGUCUGAAUUGAGUUAUGGUAUGUAAACCAUACCACCUCGCUUAUUGCACUUACUAAGCUGGUCGUGGCACUUCCCAACUUUGACAAGGUUACAUAGCAUCUACCCUACGUGAACAGGGUAUCAUGUGCCAUAACCUGCCAGGGAUGUUUCUUGUGAACCACCACCUCACAUUAGGAGGGUGCCCUGCUAGAGCGUGGUUGACCUUUGUCUCAGACCUUCCCAAGGGCAAUUGCAGGAGUCCUAGAACUCCACGUUUGUAACCUUUAAAGCGAGCAUUUCACCCGGACAUUAUUCUUUACUUUGAUCAUCGUAUUUAACUAAUUCACCUUUCGUUCUUCGUAUGAUUGUGGGAGAGACAACACCGCGGUAAAACGUCUGCGCAUGCGUGGGGCACAAAAAAGAUGGCGAGGGAUUUAAAUGCCAAAUUGUAAACAAAAACAUGGCUUUUUAAUUAUUUAAGGUAAUUGAAACAAACAAAAAAUACACUAGACGGGUAGUUUAGACAUUAAUAAAAAAUUUUGUAACAUUUAAAAUCUAAAAAGAAAGAGAAGUUAAAUUAAAAAUUACCGUUUAAGACCGGGAGGCGUGUGAACAUUUCUUGAAAAAUUGUCGAAUACCGAACUUAAGCACAAAAGUUAAGAAAACUAUCGAAUAGUUAAGCAUUUGCACACAUUAUUCCGGUUGCAUUUUCAUAGACAAAACAUCGAAGUCGCUUCCAUUUUGAGUUUUUGACAACAUUCGGAACACUUGACAUCACGUUCGCAAUACAGAUUUCAGUAAUGUUGACGCAUGCGCAGACGUUUUUCCGCGGUGUUGGGAGAGCCAGUUGAAGAACCCGACUGAGAACCUGAGCAUGCGUGGUACACGCAUGCUCAGUUUUAAUUAAUUUUCAUUAGUGAAUCUUUAACUACAAUACACCCUUCCGGAAAGUACGUCACUUUGGCUCUUUAGCCUCGUCUUCGUGUAUCAGACGAUACUAAUACAAGUGAACUGACUGACGAUCGAUUCAAUAACCAAUCAACAAACCAAACCAAUCAAUGAAUCAAACCAAACUAAGACCUAUAUAACGUAUCUCUCUCAGCUAAUACCUUAUUCCAUUCCAAAAUCUUUUAAUUUUUAAAUUAAUUUUUAGGCUCAAUGAACAUUACGAAGUAGCACAAGGAGUCAGUUUACCACGCAGUUCUCUUUACCAACAUUACUUAGAUUUCUGUCAAAAAAGUGGUUUAAGUCCUGUCAAUGCAGCUAGUUUUGGAAAAGUAGGUGCAACUGACAUAUUAACUUGCUAACAUAUUAACUAUAUAAUUAUAUACUGCAUGUACAUGGAGAAAUAUCUUCAGUCAUGAGAUCAGCGUUCAGCCUUGAAGAGGGUGGCAAUUGAAUUCCAGUGUCUAUAUGACGUAAACAGUUUUCAUUACACUCCCCUCCCCCGCGCUAAAUUUGGUUUUUCUCACAAAUUGGAUCGCUCUAAUCAAUUUCCUCCCACAGGGAAAGUUGACAGGGUGGGUUAGGGUGAACUUAGGAAAGUAAUAUCACAAUUGUUGUAAAGAUAAUUAGUCUAUAGGCUAAGUAAUACAAAUAAGCGUGAAACUGGAUGUAAUCGGUCAGAUUAAACACGAAAUUUGGGCACACUCCUCGCAGCUUCGUGUUAACUGCACAGACAAGUACUACUAUAAGGGACUGGUAAUGGACGUCAAUUUCUGCCAUUUUGGCUUCACGUUUUGCACGCAAGUUCUUACUAUAUAUAUAUAUAUAUAUAUAUCUAUAUAUAUAUAUAUAUAUAUAUAUAUAUAUAUAUAUAUAUAUAUAUAUAUAUAUAUAUAUAUAUAUAUAUAUAUAUAUAUAUAUAUAUAUAUAUAUAUAUAUAUAUAUAUAUAUAUAUAUAUAUAUGGCUUGCGCAAAUUACAUACCUAGGCCUCAUAUUUCUAUUGCUCCUUACACAAUUUUAAAAUUAUCCUUUUGUAGAUAAUUCGUCAUAACUUUCCAAAUUUGAAAACCAGAAGACUUGGGACCAGAGGACAGUCUAAGUAAGCACACGUCCUAUAAAAAAGGAUUACUAUUUAAACCAAAAUUAAAAUACAUUGAUACUUUUUAACUUUCACCUAAACAAUAACUAACUGUUAAAGAAGUGCAUGGUUGGAAAAUAUUAAAAUAUAUAUUUACUCCAGGUAUCAUUAUUACGGUAUAACCAUUAAAGAGACGUCGCCUUAUCACGACACAUUACUUAAUAAUGGAAGACAAGCUACUCAAAGGUGAGAUGAAAUUUUUUACUCUUCAAAUAAAAUACUGAACAUAUAACUUAGCUAUAUUUCUGAAGAUGUCUUAUACCAGUAAUUACCCUUAUGUCCAUAGUUCUAGGCUAUAUACUAAUCACACUUUGUAAAAUGUCUAUUUUAGCUACACUUCAACUAAAGCUACUGCGUCAGUUAAAAAUCAGGUAUAUCCUGCAAAAUAUAUAUUUGUAUAAUUAACUAUCAUAAUUUUUGAAAAAAGUAUACUGUUACAUGAAGAAAUUACUAUUGCUACAAAGUGCAAAUUUUAAUUAAAGGAUCUAAUGAAGGCAUUAAUGUCUAAAGGUCCAUACACAUCGGACGCGAUUCGACAACGCGACGCGAUUUUUUAGUUUUUGAAAGUUAAUAAAACAGCCAAUAAGAACAAAUUUUGAAAAAUAUGUUGACCAAAUAACUCAAAAUGUUAUACCGCUUCUAAAUAUUUGGAAAAUUUAAACUAGAAUCAAAGUUACCGGUCAGUGAAAAUCGAAAAAUCGCGUCGCGUUGUCGAAUCGCGUCCGGUGUGUCUGGACCUUUAUGAAGCCGUUAAUUUAAUUCGAGAUCUUUUAGGAGCUAAAUUAUGCUUCUGUCCGUAUAUAUUAAACAAUUAUUUAAUUUAUUUUUAGACGUACAGUUCGGGAAAAAGUUCAAGUUCAAAUCAACACUGUCUUAUGUCAUCUUCUGGUGGUACUCUCUUGCCUUCGUUUCCAAAGAUUGAAACAUUAACUUUACCUCCAACUAUCCCUAGCGACAAGGUAAAGCAUGAAUCCCACUGCAGCCUCGAUUUGGUAGUCGAUGUGUUACCACCACUGGGACAACCAUAACUAUAUAUAAAUGUACGCAAUUACAUAAUGACGUUACUAUUGCAUGCGGUAUAUAGUAAGGUUGUCCCAAGCUUUCCUCUUUUGGGAUCUGCAUCGAGUUUUAAAAUCCAUAUAACCUAACACAAGCGAUUCACAACCCCACGUCUAAAGCGACUAAGGAGUUACUAGAGAUAUGUAGAAGGACACAUGCACACAGGAUACGUGUUGAUCAUUGAUCGUUAUGAAUAAUAUGUUAACUGGCAUCCUCAAAAUGUAUAAAAAUCAAGCCAAUUAAGAACUAAUGUUUAACUGUUGUUUCCUGUAUAGGUACGAACAUUUUUGAUCAUGUACCGAGCACAUUGUCAACGAAUCUUGGACACAAUACUACGAGCUAAUUUUGGAGAGGUACAAACACUUUGAAAUCAUGCAGUAAAAGCUAAAUUCUUAUCUAAAUUAUUUGGCUAUAUAUCUAUCUUUCCAGAAAGCUUUUUUCAAAAGCUAAAAAAUAGGGCAUUAUAGAAAUGAUUUCUGUGAAACAAUUUUCAUCUUCAUUUAAAGUUACAUGAUAAAUUUUAAACAAAUCUUACACCAAUACAACACAGUAUUCAUGUAUUUCGAAAAGUGGCUCGAUACGGUUUUCAAAUACUUCAGGUGUACAGCAGUUUGACAUUUUCAAAUGGGGUUUAUGCAGCAGAUAUUGGGAUUUUCAAAUAUGUCAAUUGCAAUGUUUCUUCUUUUAAAUUAUGCUAGCCUUGGCAACACAUAGUUUGUUACUAUGACAACACACACGUGAAAAAGAAGCACAGUGAACCAAUUUUUUUUCGUGCAUCAUUUUGCUUAGAAAAUAGACUAACAAUAAUUAAUAUGUUUUUUUUUAUUUCUUUCAAAUCUUGAACAUAAGUCAUCAGACAUGAUUUUCCCAAAAUUGGAUUUUUUAAUGAGGUCAGCAAUUGACAUACAGCACGCUAUACCUACAACACGCACGUAGUCACUCGCGUACCGCGCGAGAUGGCGUGAGCAACUCAUCAUGUCAGGUCAUAAUGGAAGUUUCCUAGUUCAUAUUCCCGCAAAAACGAAUUAUUAUCACGCGGUUUUGUUCAUAUAUAGCAUAAAGUUUUGUUUUCGUGAGUCUUGUAUAUAAGGGAUUUUUGUGAGGAUUACUAUAUCAAGCGACCUUAAUAAAUAUCUAUAGUUGUAACCAAAUCUCAAUUUGUUUUCUUUGCUAUGCUUUUCUUUUCAAACCAGGUUCAGAAAUUUUUUCUUCAUUUUUGGCAAGGAAUGCCUGAACACAUUCUCACGAUAUUAAGCUGUCCUGAGGUUAUCAAACUCAUAGGAAUCUGUGAUGAAAUAUUGUUCAAGGUGAGAUACCAGUCCGCACAUUUUUUCUAUCUACAUAUAUCUGAACCACCCAGUAACUUCUGGACUGAGAUUCAUUCAGUGUAAAACACUUUGUAUAGAAAAGAAACAAUAAACUGACCCGAAAGUGGAAGACACAAAUUAAUUAUGUCUGUCUCAUGAACACGAAGGAUUGCGUGCAGUAUAUAGAUAAAACACACGAAUUUAUUAUCAUUUUAAUUCUUAGCUUGUGUCAGUUUAGCUUGUUUGAAGUGACCUUCGGCGAAACACUGAAGGAAGAUCUCUUUACAUUACUGCAUGUUAUCUUGACCAUGCAGUGGCGCCGCCAGGGUUUUUUUUGGAGGGGGGGGGGCAACUUAAUAAUUUGGGAAGUCACAAUUCUAGGGGGGUCUGGGGACAUCCUCUUCCGGAAAAAAAUUAGGUCUCUGAACCAGCAUUUCCUGCAUUGUGCAUGGGAGCACUUGGAGAAAAGGUCCUAAUAAAUCACCUCUUGACAGUGUCAAAUAUUGAUUUCAGAAAACUUGUCAAUUAUGAAUAAACAUAGUCACAUAGAGCUUUAUAAAUUAGCUAGAACAAAGUUAAAUAAAUCGAUGAGAAGAUACGCACCACUGUCUGCCUACAAUUUUCCACCCUUCCCCAAUUUUUCAUAUGAACUAAUUUUCGCCCCCCCCCCUCCCCCGCCGACGCCACUGAUUUGACGCGAAACUGUAAAGAUGAUAUACGUAUGCACAAAGAAGAUACUGUCUUUUCAAGUCAAAUGAACGAUAUUGCAACGUGGGAUAUUGCAUCCUUUGCGAUUUUUCAAUCACCUGUACAAAUCCUUCGGCAUGUAAAGGUUCAAUCACCUGUACAAAUCCUUCGGCAUGCAGAGGCGAUUUAUACAUCUAAUGUUAGAAGGAUCCCGGAAGUCGUCAAUUUUAUUCUUUCCUCUCUUCAGGCAAUUGGAAGUGUGUUGAUACCAGGAGUACUGCAACCCUUGCCUGCUAGGUGAGUAAACUGAAUUGCACUAGCUUAUCCUCGCUUGAAAGAAGUCGUCAGAAAUAGCUAUAAUGAGGAAAGAGGUCGUCAGAAAUAGCUACAAUGAGAGGCGAAUAUACAUACUAUAUUCAUGCAUGCAGGUUUUACCAAUCGGCACUAUUAUUGUAAUGACUAUUGAGACGUAUACGAAAUCAAAGGCUUAUAAAUUAACAACUUGCUAGCUUGUACAGUUUAUCGACAUUGGCGUACGGGAGGAAAAAAUUAGAGGGGCGGACAAAAUUUGCCCGACAUUUAUGGAGAUUGCCCAACCAGUGCAAAAACAUUUUCCGUCACAAACUUGCCAAAAUUUGCAAUCCUUGCGAAUGAUCAAGUGGAAUCAACCUCGUACCCAGAAUAUUCCCGUUCGCAGGUUAGAUGCCCAGCACCUAUAACCUGCGAACGGGCAUACUCUGGGUACGAGAUUGACUGUGACAUGAGUGGAAUAUGAUAAACGACAUAAUUAUAUAUAUCAUGUCAAUAGCUUAUAUUGUAGGUAAAUAACAUUUUCUCUUUGUGAUUUGUUUGACAAUAUAGUUUGACCCAAGCAAUCCGACAAUUUGCCACUCAGUUAAGUUCAUGGUUAGAGUCAUCGCUUGCUCAUUUCCCAGAAAAGCUUAAGGAGAAAAAGAUGAAAGGUAAACAAACGGUUGGAAGGGGAAACGAUCAUGAUCACACUUUCUUUAGUAAAUUGAAAACAAGCAUGAUUCUAAUUUAUUAACACUACUCUUCUUUUCAGUUGCAAAUGCCUUCUCAAAGUCACUUCGUCGCAAAACAUCUCUGACGCACCUCGCGCAAGCAGCUAGGACUGUCCUACAUAGUAGUGAGCCUGUAACACAAAUGGUUAACGACUGGAGGAGUAUCGACUUUAAUGAGAUCGUAAAACAGACGCUGUGGACAUUCUCGUCCAAUCCUGAAGCUGACUAUCAAGUCAUAGAAACUUGUAAGUACAGAAAACAUCAUAGAAUCCCGUAAGUAGCGGUAGAAGAAUAGAAGGGAGACGAAGGAUAUUCCACAUAUUGACAUAUUUUACCUGCGGCCAAAAGUAGCGUCCCCCUCCGUAUAAGUAGCACCCUCCCCUCGAAAGUAGCGGCCCGCAACAGUGGAAAAAACGGAAGUAACGAGGAGGGUGCAACCUUCGGCAUUGUACGGUCGUGAUAAUUCGAUGAUUGCGCUCAUAAUAACACCGUCUAAAAAAUGCGUAAAAAUUACACGCCCCAUUACGACGUCCCUGCUUUUGUUCAUAUAAACAACUAGAUUGAAUUAUUUUUGUUUAGUUCUUCAACAGUUUACUCAACUUCUUGAACAACAAGCAACCAUUGAUCAAUAUGCUGAAUGGGCUAGCACUCUAGUCGAUACGUGUCUGAAGGUGAGUUCCAGGAAAGUAUUUCCUGAUAACAGUUGAAGGAAUUUUGUAGAUGGAAAUUUCGAGUGGAAGAUUGUAUACAAUUGACCUUAUGCAUAAUGACGUCUCAAGGCUUGAUGCCUUCGAGGAAUGCUGGUCUUAGUAGCAUCACCCGGGAACAUUUCGAUAGUGGCCAUUUUGAAUUGUUUAAUUUUCCAGGGCAAUGACUACUAAGACCAGCAUUCCUCGUGGGCAUCAAGCCUUGUGACGUCAUUAUGCAUAAGGUCAAUUGCAGACCUAACCAGGAGCAGCUGCCAAAGAUACAACUAUAGGCCAAACUUUUGGAAUCGAAACUGAGACCUUGCAAUUCCGGUACAGCGCUCUAACCAUGCACCUAUCUGAUAACGCCUGGAAUGUUGGUGGAUUUGUUCCUUAAAAAGGCAUUUCAAUAACAACCAUUAAACUGUCUUCUCAGUAAUUCCCAGCUCUCGAUCAGCAAGUCUUACACCACCUGAUAUGCAAUGUCUUCGAACUUUUCCUUCAUCAAUCACAUAACUGAUUUUGUUCUUUUAGAAAUAUUUUGACAAGAAUAACAAUGAAGAAAAAGUAAAAGAGCUCUCGCGACAAUUUCUCUUAAAGUGGUCUUUCUUUGGCAACCAAGUUAUGCGCGAAUUAACCUUGAAAAGUGCUCAAAGUUUCGGUAAGACAUCUUUAAUUUUACAUAUUUUACAUAAUAAUCGUUCAUUAGCGUUAUUCCGGAAUAAAGUGUUGUUGGAAAUUUUUACUGAUAAGUCUGACUUUGAAACUGAAGUAAUAAUAUAUGAGAACCAGGUGGAUCAACCUCGUUCCUAGGCUCUCCCUGUAGUUUUCCUCUGCGAGAGAGAAGAGCCUGGGAACGAGGUUGCAUGCCUAGUGGAUUUGGUAUUGGGAACAUUGGAUACCGGAUGUCUAUAGGUUGUAAUCUAAAGAACUUUCUUCAAUUUUAUAGGUUCGUUCCACCUUUUACACAUACUUUUAGAAGAUUACAUAGUGUAUUGUGUUGAGUGUAAAGCUACCUGUGAUCAAACACCUUACUGUGUCGAGCUCGAAAACAAACCGUGUAACUCUGAAAAAGAAAAUGGUAAGUUGCAUUUGUGUCGAUAUAAUGAAGAACAAAAUUAACGGUUUUGAUCAACAAACAGACGAAAGGCAAUCAUAAUAUACUAAAAGUUGGCGGUAUCAAUUAACUUUUACCAUUUGUGGUUAGAAAAUUUUAUAUCUUGAAAACGAAAUAAAUAAAUUUUAGGUGUUUUCCUGAACAAACGUAGUUCAAAGUUCGUAUCGAUUAGGAAAAUAAUAAGCUUAUAUAAUAAAACACAGAAAGAGACCACGAGCAAGUCUAGAAACCUAAUUUACAAUUUGACAGUUCUUAUUCAUUGGUUAAACUCAUAGAGUGUUAUAUUUCCUUUAUUAGAGUCAACCAAUGACGUAGAAAUGCGAGAAAAUUCCGAGGUUCAAGUCGUUGAAGAUAUAGUCGACCAGUCACCCCCCGUCCAAUUUCAACAUAAGCCCACUGGGACAUUAUGUGAAAGUGGUAUCCAGGGUGAAAGAACUUGCUCAGAUGACAUAUCAAAUACGCCUGCCUCCUCUAUGCCCGCCAAUCACCCAGAAUUGGGUACUCGUAACAAAACAAGCACACUACCUGAAACUGAUCUCAACAUGAUACCUGAAGCACGAUCGCAACUCUACUACAGAUCCAAUAACCAAAUGAAUAGCUAUCUCCCUGCAGGCAGAAGAUUUAGCAGCGUUUCUUUUUCACCCUAUAAUAUGACCAGUACAGCACAAAGCAUGUCUAACUAUGAAGCAUUGUAUGGUUCAAUGAACACAGCCCGUUCUUCAAGUGAUCUUAAAUCAUACACACAAUAUGUAUCACAGGACACCCAUUCUUAUAUCGGGAGAUAUCGUCCACCUAGUAUGGUAGCUGGUGCGGCAAUUUACGCACGGAAUUUUUAUCCUUCGACAAAUGAGCAUUACCGCAAUGAACAAUUAGCUGGACGAAUGGCAUAUGACCGUCGAUUUCACAAUCGUUCCGUGACAGAAACCCCAGGCUCUGUUUUAGGAGGACUUUGAACAACCACGUUAAAGUAAACGUCUUCUCACGACAUUAUCAACAGAAAAUAUUCGUCAUUAACAUUCAGCAAGACCACAUGAAGUUGGUCAAUAAACGUAAUGUUUUAACAUACUUUUAAGAAAUUUUAUUAAAAUAUCUUAGUUCUAUAUUAGUGAGGUUAAUUAUAAAUAAUAGAAUAUGAAAGUAACAUAUUUAUAGUUAGACAUUUAUUUAAAUUGUGAGUAAAUAAAGUUGUCUAAAAUUGUCCAGGCUUUUCUGCGAAGGCGAGUGAAGACACUAGAGCUCGUUGAUAUGGUUGUAAACUCAUGUCUCGAAUGGGUUCAGAUUUCUACUGCAAUCUAA